AUGGACAAUUACCGUUCCAAACGUUGCGGCAAUUUAGUGACACGAGGUGAGGAUCACACUUGCUUCCGUCACAAGAAAUUUGACUGUAGGUAUUCACUACAACGGCCAGUAGAAUCGGAUGAAAACCAUGAUGUAAUAAAAGACAAAUCUACAGAAAAUUCGAAUGAGGAUCAACAAAGGACUUCUUCUAAUAGUUCAUAUUUUAAUCCUCUUUCAGAUGUUCAGGGGAUUGAAAUCCAAACUAAUGAAAUUGCAUAUUUUACUGCUUCUUCAGAAAAUGUUGAAUCCAGUUACAGACCUGUCCAGUCUUUGAAAAAGGAUAAAAAGGAUUUUAUGGAUGUUAUAGAAUAUGUUAUCAGAAAUGCUCUUUCAGAUAUUAAUAAUAAUGUUUCUGGAACUGCGAAUUCAACUGAGAAACCUGAUCUGCCACCAUUAGAUAAAGAGCCCAAAAAUUGCAAAAUGCAAGUGUCAGAAUCUGUAAAUGAUGAACAUAUUUCAUCCGAAGUGCACUCUCAGGUUCACAGUAAUAAGACGAAAGUGACUACCUAUGUGAAGGAACCUCAUUCUACCAAAAAGAAUGACAAUGCUGUGGCUGGACCUUCCGGAGUCCGUUCUUGUCAGAAGAAUUUUCAUAAGACAUUCGGUACGAAAUAUACUACUGAAACUCGUCAUCGUUCACACACUGACUAUAUGCCCUUCAUGUGUAAUAUAUGUAAUAAACAAUUCUUUCUGAAAUCAGCUUUCGACGUACAUUACAGAAUCCACACCGGCGAAAAGCCUUAUGUGUGUGACAAAUGCGGAAAAAAAUUUAAUCAGAUAGGAAAUUUCAACGUACAUUGUAGAAGCCACACCGGCGAAAAACCUUUCGUGUGCAAUGUCUGUCAUAAAGGUUUUGCUAGUAAGAGUUAUCUGAUGAAACACUUUAGAAUCCAUACUGAAGGAAAGCCUUAUAAAUGUCCAGUUUGUGGAAAGACAUUCAUGACAAGCCGCGAUUGCAACGAGCAUCGCAGCAGAAUGCACGAGUGA